AUGAUGAACAAGUUUGCCGAGUGGCAGAAUAGAACUAACAAGCUAGUACACAAACAACCCUACUCAAACAUUGAAAAAUUGUCAAUCCUUAUCAACUGCUGCAAAGGAGAUGCAGCAAGGUCCCUUCAAAUGGUGCCAAGAACAGGGGAGUCCUACGAGAAGGCUAUUAGUCAAUUGAAAAGUCAAUAUCAAGAUCCAAGGCGGAUCACAAUACAAAUGAUUCAAAAACUUAAAUCAAUGAAGCAGUGCCAAGAUGACCAUCGCUCCUUGAGAAAUAACCUAAGUGACAUUCAAGCUAUUAUAGCCACGUUAGAGAAACAAUGGGAGGCAGUCAAUACUACUAACAUGAGGAUCAUGAUCCUAGAAAAGUUCUCAAAAAGUAUUCAAGAGGAGAUGGCAAAGAAAGAAUUCGACUCAGGCAGCCUAUGGAGCAUGAAGGAUCUUCUGGAUAACUUGUCAACUGCAAUCAGACGCAGAGAGCACGUUGAUGGCAUAAGGGAGCCAUAUCAAAACGAACGCUCAAUCUUUCACACCAACACGACCGUUCUGUCAAAGUUGCAUUGCACUGGCUGCGGACAGCAGCACAGGUUUCAGCACUGUAACAAGUACCCGGACACUACACAGAAGAUUGAGCGUCUCCGCGAACUCAACGCUUGUUGGAAGUGUUUCAGCCUUAAACACCGUACAGCAUUCUGCAGAAAGCAGAACUGUUUCUAUUGCAGCGGUCCUCACAGUUACAUCAUAUGCCGUCAACGGCACUCUACGAAAGGAAACGAAGUCAAUCUCCCGGAAAACCCUUCAAAAGUCCAAAGCUAUUCACCUAACAGACAAACCUCCAGGAAUAGACAUUUCACUUCAAAUCGACGUAAUCAAUCGUCACCAAGGUCGUCGCCAAGACCAUUGUCAAGACGGCCAUUCAAUCAAAGCACAUUCAAACAUUCACCUUCACCUUCAAGAACCCCGGAGCGUCAAGUUCGAUUCAGUCAAUCCCCACAGACUAGAAGGAGAUCCGGGGAGAACGUCACGAUCCAAUUCAACAACGAGUUCACAGCCGCUUUUGCAAGCAGCAACAACGUACGUUUGAUGGUUGUCCCAGUCUACUUACAAUCAUGCAAAAGUCAUGAGAAGGAGGUCGUCCUAGCACUUUUGGACUCGGCCUCAGACCAAUCCUUCAUAUCAACAUCGCUUGUUAGAAGGAUGAGCUUUAAAAUUCAGAACGAGUCAACUAUUGUGGUGAAUACAUUUGGAGGUAAAGCAGAAAAAAGAAAGUCAAAAAGGGUGGUCACCUGUCUGUACAAUGCGGAAGGGGAUGGUAUGGAAGUUGAACUUUUAACAAACGAUCAACUCACCCCUCCUCUCCAAGUAGGUUCGAUACUCCCUCAGGACGAGAUAUUCAUUCAGGAUCACUUCCCCAGCAACGAAGCUCAACGGCUACUCCAUGGAGUUUGCGGCACAGUAGUGCCUGAAAUACUCAUUGGGAUGGACUACUUCAACGCAAUCAUGAAGCUCCACGAACCUGUAAUUCGCCUUCCUUCUGGGCUAUUCCUCACACCGACCAUAUUCGGACCCGUGUUGUCAGGAGUGGCUCAUAAGGAGUGCGAACAAUCUGAAAACGACCAUGUCUGUAGGGUUGUACACACCUGCACAGCGCUUGAUUCCAGUAAAACCGAUAUGGACAUUUCCGAGCUGUGGAAACUCAAUGCAAUUGGAAUAGAAGAUAUGAGUUCGGAAGAAGAAAUCAAUAAUAAGAUUGUGGCCGACUUCUAUUCAACGGUACAAAUCAAAGAUAACAAAAUAUUUGUGCGCUUUCCUUGGAAGUCAAAUAAGAACCGCCUGGCGAACAACUACAAUCUUGCCCUGAAUCUCAAAGAAGAAUGGCAAACGAUCUGUGACAAUGCAGCGGAAUUCGAAGUGUCGGUCCCUCGCGCAAUCACAUGCUUCGCAAUGAACAAUAGGUAUGAACUUCUCACAUUCGUCGACGCGUCGGCACGGUCGUUCGCUGCCGCAACCUACUUGCGAACGAUCGGUGUCAACGGUGUUACCCGUAGCAGUUUGCUCAUAGCCAGGCAGCGUUUGGCACCGAUAAAUAAGAAUGCGAAAACAGUGACAAUACCGAGAUUAGAGCUCUUGGCUCUCCUAAUUGGAGUCCGGUUAACGAACUUUGCGCUUCAAGAAAUGCACUUGUCAAUAAAGGAAGUCCACAUCUUUAGCGACUCACAAGUGACUCUCAACUGGGUUCAGUCAAACUCUAGGAACGGAACCUUUGUUAUCAAUCGAUGUCAAGAAAUUCGAAGCAAAAUUCAAAACUGGUCAGACAUAGAACACAAAGGGGACAAGGACUCCGGCUUAAAAGAACUGUCCCAUACAGUUCUUGCAAUCAAGUCUGACAUAGAGUGCCAGCCAUUACUCUUCCCCAGAGAAUAUUCAUCGUUACCAAAAUACAAAAGGGUUCUGUCACUAGUUAUGAAAUUUCUCAAAUUCAAAAUUUUCAACAAAGUCUCAACCACAAAUAAAGAAGUAUUGAAGAAAGCCAUACCUGAACUUGAGCGCAUUGCAGCCGACACACCGCUGGCGACCUUAACAGCAGCCGAUCUCCUGACGGCUGAAACACUUUUGAUCAAGUCAGCACAAAAGACGCUCACUCAAGAGAAGCUCACGAAACUCAGUAAUUUGCAAUUAUAUAGAGACGAAAACGGACUGAUCAGAUGUCGCGGAAGAAUUCACGCGAAACACUUAGCGAGAGAAACUCAAGAACCCAUUCUCCUUCCAGAAGCCCACAACUUCACCAGCCUGCUCGUCAAAGACAUCCACACUCGCUGUGGACAUCAAGGAGUUAACGGGACACUAGCCAAUCUUCGCUUGAAUUAUUGGCUCCCGAAAGGUCGGCAAAUAGUCAAGAAAUUGUUAAAGUCUUGUCUGGUCUGCAAAAAGUGGAAUUCGAAACCCUUUUUCUACCCUGAUUCUCCACCACUGCCACAUUCUCGAACGGAGCCGUCGCGGCCGUUUUUGCAUGUUGGCAUCGACCUCGCCGGCCCCUUUCAAGUGUUGAGCAGCGAAAACGGAGAAACAAAGAGAUGGAUUUUACUUUUAACGUGCAUGGUCACGAGAGCUGUGCAUUUGGAAAUCGUCAAUAGUUUGAGCGCCAUAGACUUUCUCAAUGGUCUACGUCGAUUUAUAGCAAGAAGGGGAAAGCCAGUGCUCAUAAUUUCCGAUAAUGCAACAAAUUUCACUUUAGGAUGCGAAAUAAUAGCAAGACUAAGUGAUCGCACUGAA